UUCCAAUCAGUUUAAAAUAAUUGUAUUCGCAAGUUAAAUAUAUAAAAAAAAAAAUAUACGUUUUUUAAUAUAAAAAAGGAAAUUUCAUAUAUAUCAUAAUUGAUAUAGCAGAAAUAUAUAGUUGCUGGUUAUUAUUUUGGUGGAUGGUUAUUUAUGUUAAGUUCUUUAAAAUAUUUCUCUCACAUGUAUAACAAUAAACUAUUAUUGAAUAUUUUGAAUUUGAAACUUGAAAUUUAAAUUUUAAAAUUGUGAUUUUUGAAACUUGAAGUUAUGUUUGGACAUCUGCUAGCUUUACUUGGAAUUUUUUUAAAAAAAAAUCUGAUCAAACAACCAUAGAAAAAUAAGUUUUCAAAACCUUAUCCAAAAUGUAUAGCCAAAUGCUAGCUAGGUACAUAUAUUCCUCAUAAAAAGGAGGUUCAAAAUCCACAUUCACAAAUGAAGUCUAAGCAUGGCAAAGGCCGCAGUAGGUACCUCUAAUAUCACCCUGGUCCUAAUAUUUUCAUAUCUAUUAGCUUCUUGUAUCCAUUUCCAUAUAGGGGAAUGCCAAUACCAAAAGCCAAAAAGAAAUGCAUCUCUCUUCAUCUUUGGUGAUUCUUUUUUGGAUGUGGGCAACAACAAUUACAUCAACACUAGCACACUUGACCAAGCCAACUUUUGGCCUUAUGGAGAAACUUACUUCAAGUUCCCCACCGGCAGAUUUUCCGACGGCCGUUUGGUAUCUGAUUUCAUUGCUGAAUUUGCAAAAUUGCCAUUGCUGCCACCCUUUCUGCAGCCGGGGAGUCAACACAGCUAUUAUAAUGGCGCAAACUUCGCCUCCGCCGGGGCGGGAGCUCUUGCCACGACUUUCGAGGGAUCGGUAAUCAGUAUGGAGACUCAAAUGAAAAAUUUCAAGAAGGUGGAGACUUGGUUGACAAACAAAUUAGGCAAAUUUAAAUCACAAGAGAUCUUAUCAAAUGCAGUCUAUUUAUUUAGCAUUGGAACCAAUGACUACCUAAUUCUCUUUGUGACCAAUUCCUCAAUACCAUCCUCUCCUCAAUACCAACAAAUGGUCAUUGGCAACUUAACGACCAUCGUUAAAGAGAUAUACAAAAUUGGAGGGAGGAAAUUUGGAUUCUUUAAUUUAGGAGAUUUGGGGUGUCUGCCAGGCUUAAGAAUGCUCAAUUCAUCUAGCAAAAAUGGGUGUUUGGAAAAAGCUUCAAACAUGGCCAAAUUACAUAAUGUUGAGUUGUACAAUGUCCUCUUGAAAAUGGAGAAACAAUUGGAGGGGUUCAAGUAUUCAAUCUAUGACUUCAAUAGUAGUUUGACAGAGAGAAUUGAUCAUCCCUCCAAAUAUGGUUUGAAGGAAGGAGAAAUAGCAUGUUGUGGAUCAGGGAGAUUUAGAGGCAUACUUAGUUGUGGAGGGAAAAGGCCAGUGGGACAUGAAUUUGAGCUUUGUCAAGAUCCAAAUAUGCAUGUAUUUUGGGACUCCUAUCAUCCAACUGAAACUAUAUACCACCAAAUGGCAGCUGAAAUGUGGAAUGGACCUUCUAAUUUUAAGUCCCUCUUUCAGUGCUUGUAAUUUAUAAACUAGCUACACUCUCUGUUUCCAUUUUAUGUGACGGUGUUUGAUUGGGUGCAAAGUUUAAGAAAUAUAAGAAGAUUUCUGAAAAA